UUGCGCUGAGCAAGGAGACGUGUGUUUAGGACUGAAGGGAGAUGGCGGCGGGGGAGGUUGAACAGGGCACCGCAGAGCCGGGGCUGCUGGCACCCGGGGUCGGACCCGACUGGGAGUCUGCCCUCUUUGAUGAGCUCAGUGACCUGGUUGACACAGAUGAAAUACAGCUGGAUGUGGAUAAUGAGAUUUAUGAAAACAGUCUUUAUAACCUCGACUUUGAUUUGGACUUGAUGUCUUGGGAUUCAGGCCCUUGGGAUGUGACAAGCCAUACUUGUAUAGAUGAAAACUUGAAGGAAGAGCCUCAGUCGCCAGCCACUUCAAUUUGUUCAGUCCCUUCACCAUUAUCAGACUCUUCAGUGCAGCAUGUACCUGAAGACUUGGACUUCAGCACCAGCUCCGAGAUGUCUCCUCUCUCUCUGUACAGCAAGAGAUCUGGAAGUCAGAAAGAUAAAAAGCUCACUUCCAGUGCUGCACACCAGUCUGCAAACAGCUCUGUGGGGACACCAAAAAGAUCUAGUCAGACAACAUCCAAACCUUCAAUUCAACCCAAGCCUCUCUUGCUGCCUGCAGUACCUGAAGCUCAGGCCAGCCUUGGCAUUCAGGCUAAAGCCAUCAUUAUUCAGGCUCUUCCAGCGCUUUUGCCACUGACAAAGCAGCAGCCAGUUGUUAGUAUCCAACCGGCCCCUCCUAAAGGUCAGCCACUGGUGCUUUCUCAGUCCACUAUGGUGCAGCUCCAGACUCCUGGAGUUCAUCCUGCAUCCCAGCCGGUCAUUGCUGUCACUGGAGGGACCAUGCAGCUGUCCAGUCACACUGUGAAUGUACUGGCACCAGCUACAGGAAGCAGUUCAGUGAGUGGAAAAAUAGCACUGGCUAAACCCCUCCUCCAAGCCACUACACAAACUACAGGCAUGGAUAUUAACAUCCUGAGAAGACAGCAACGCAUGAUCAAAAACCGGGAGUCAGCCUGCCAGUCUCGCAGGAAGAAGAAGGAAUACAUGUUGGGGCUGGAGGCCAGACUGAAGGUUGCCUUACUGGAGAAUGAGCAGCUCAAGAGAGAGAAUGGCUCACUGAAGAGGCAGCUGGAGGAAUUGGUGUUAGAGAACCAGAAUCGUAAAAUCCCCUCUCCAAAGAGAAGAGCUGUGUGUGUGAUGGUGAUAUUGGCCUUUGUAAUGUUGAACUAUGGCCCACUCAGUGUAUUUGAAAGGGAUCCCAGUGGAGCUGAACCCAGCGUGAGCCUUGCCCACCGCAGCAGAAAUCUGCUGGAGUUCUCAGCCAGCCAGAAGCUCAACACAGCUCAACAAAUGCCUAACAUCAUCUCCCAGAAUAAGGAGAGGUAUGAACGUUCUGUUUCUGAUAACAAAGCCUUAAUGGUAGUAACAGAAGACCCACUAUUGUAUAUUUCUCCACUACCCUGUCAGCCACUGAUCAACCGGACUGAGUCUCUCAGAUUAAAUCAUGAACUUCGAGGGUGGGUUCAUAGGCAUGAAGUGGAAAGGACAAGGUCUAGAAGAAUGUCAAAUAACCAGCAGCAGAAAACACGAGUUGUCCAGAGCUCUACAGGGGAGAAUGCAGAUUCUCAGCUGAUGGCCAUGCCAAACACAGACCCCAGCAUCAGCAGGAACUCAGGGAAUGAGCUGCAGGUGUAUUAUGCCUCUCUGAGAAAUUACCAAGACUUCUUUGAAGCUAUUCACAGAAGGGGGGAUACAUUCUACGUGGUAUCUUUUCGUAGGGAUCACUUGUUGUUGCCUGCCACCACCCAUAAUAAGACCAGACGGCCCAAGAUGUCUAUCGUGUUGCCAGCAAUAAACAUCAGUGAGAAUGUGAUAAAUGGGCAGGACUACGAGGUGAUGAUGCAGAUAGACUGUGAAGUGAUGGACACCAGGAUUCUGCAUAUCAAAAGCUCCUCCAUACCCUGGUACCUUCGACAACAGCAAGGGAAUCAGACCAACCCCUUCUAUAGCGCUGCUCCCACCGUCCCCGAGACAGCCCACCCCAUGAGAGCAAUCGUGGAAUCACUGCAGUAG